AUGCGCGCGCCGACUACCGCGAUUCGAUGCUCAAUACGCAAGUCUGUAUUUCAAAGUGGCCGAGAGAAGUUUUCUACGCUAAAGGGCAGUUCAAGAUCAUAUACACAGCCGAUUCAACCUCUUGCUGAAUUUCAGAAAAGUGUUUUCCAUAAUAGUAGUGUAAAAAUGGUUUGGUGCACUGUUUACGAUGGAAAAACGGAGACUGGGUCUGGUGAGAAGUCAAGCAUGCAGCUGGCAGCCUCUGAUGCGAUGUCCCACCUUCAACACAUGUGCAGCUUAGACGUUGACUCCAAGGCUUCAUAUGUUCGCCUGUCUGGCAUCAUUUGUACUAUCGGGCCGGCUUCCCGAAGCGUUGAAAUGUUAGAGAAGAUGAUGGAGACAGGUAUGAAUGUGGCCCGUAUGAACUUCUCUCAUGGCUCUCAUGAGUACCACGCUGAGACAAUUGCAAACUGCCGUGAGGCUGAGAAGAAUUACAGCAAGAAACUCGGAGUGCCAUUCUCUCUAGCUAUUGCUCUUGACACUAAGGGCCCCGAGAUCAGAACUGGACUUUUAGAGGGUGGUGGUUCAGCGGAAGUGGAAUUGAAGAAGGGUGAAACAAUCAAGCUGACAACUGACCCCGCGUACCAAGAGCGCGGUACCGCAGCUGUAGUUUUUGUCGACUACAAGAACAUCACUAACGUAGUGAAGCCCGGAAACAGGAUAUUUAUCGAUGACGGGCUCAUUUCUGUCAUCUGUCAAUCGUCGACAGCUGACACUUUGGUGUGCAACAUUGAGAAUGGAGGUACGCUCGGAUCAAGGAAGGGUGUGAAUUUGCCUGGUUUGCCCGUUGACUUGCCAGCGGUGUCAGAAAAAGACAAGUCUGACUUGAUCUUUGGUGUGGAACAAAACGUGGAUAUGAUCUUCGCUUCGUUCAUCCGUAACGGAGCAGCUCUGCAAGAGAUCCGCGGCAUCCUUGGAGAGAAAGGGAAGAACAUCAAAAUCAUCUCCAAGAUCGAAAACCACCAGGGAAUGAUCAACCUUGAUCAGAUUAUUGCCGAAUCAGACGGUAUCAUGGUGGCCCGUGGUGACCUUGGAAUUGAAAUCCCACCAGAAAAGGUAUUCCUUGCCCAGAAGACAAUGAUCGCGAGAUGUAACAAGGUUGGCAAAUCAGUAAUUUGCGCGACUCAAAUGCUGGAAUCCAUGGUUAAGAAGCCCCGCCCCACCCGAGCUGAGACGUCAGAUGUCGCGAACGCAAUCCUGGAUGGCGCUGACUGCGUGAUGCUGUCAGGCGAGACGGCCAAGGGUGAUUAUCCCCUGGAGUGUGUUCUCACUAUGGCGAACAUUUGCAAGGAAGCUGAAGCCGCUAUCUGGCACAAACAGUUGUUCAUCGAUAUGGUUGCUCAGGUGAAAUCUAGUAUCGAACCAGCGCACUCAGUGGCGAUCGCGUCCGUAGAAGCCGCUACCAAAUGCAUGGCGUCCGCCAUCAUCGUGAUCACCACCAGUGGAAGGUCCGCGCAUCUCUUGAGCAAGUACCGUCCAAGAUGUCCAAUUAUUGCCGUCACCAGACAUGCUCAAACGGCUCGUCAGGCUCACCUUUACCGGGGAGUUCUGCCCAUUGUUUACCAAGAGGGUGUAGCCAGCGAUUGGCUCAAGGACGUAGACAACCGCGUGCAGUACGGAAUUCAGUUCGGGCGCGCGCGUGGCUUCCUUCGUACUGGAGAUAAUGUUGUGGUGGUCACCGGAUGGAGACAGGGUUCCGGAUACACCAACAAUAUGCGUAUCAUGUAA